AUGUCCAUUCUGGAUGUCAAUCAGAAGCCCAUAGUGUUAACAUAUGUGGCUGCUUGUUACCUCGGCUGUCUUUCGUGCUGGUCUGUCUGGUUGGAUGUUGUGGUGCUCAGUUGGGCGCCAGCCAAAUUUCACGAUGGCUCCCGGGCGCCAGUGGAAGAUUUGAAAGAUACACACAACCCAGAAAAUGAAAUAUUGACUGCCAAAUCAUCCUCUUCUGGUCUUCCGCAGCGACCUCGAAGGUACUUUAUACCGCUACUGGUAGGGCUUGUUGUCCUGCGUCUUGAGGUCUUCCUUGGCACGGAGCAUCAAUGCGCGCUGCCAGGCUUCGAGGCAUUUCUUCCUCUUGUUGUAAUUUACCGCCAGCUGCGGCUCUCUCAACCACAAAGCAGUAAAGAUGAAUCCAAUCCAGGUCUAGGCCAAUCACUCCGAUGGAUCUCGAUCCUUGGGUCUAUCCUGAUCUCCGUCGGGGUCUGGCUGGCUGCACUUCCCACCAGCCAAUCUACAUUCUUUUGCUCGCCCGGGGCUUCGAAGCUAUGGACGAUUGUGCUUCAAAUCGUCGGAUUAGCUUCCGAGGCGACCGUAAUCGAGAUAAUCUGGCGCGUACUCUCCAGACAACGAACAUCCAAGCAGUUGAUAAUCACAGUAGCUGGUGUCUUGCUUCAAGCUGCUCUCGGAACAUUAAUUGCCCUCGUCUUCCACUAUGGGGUUGAUUCCUUCUCGACUGGGAUGGGGACGAUGUAUCAACGCCCAGUCAGCUCCUGGAUCCCAUAUAGCCUGGACAUCUUGCUAUUUGGGUGUUUGCUUGCUGUCUUUACCCUCUCAUCUGGAUCAUUGAUAAGCCAGGUUGGUCCAGCGUUUCUUGUCCACAUCCUUGCAAUCAUCUGCGGACUUAUUGCGGUGGUCAUCAACACUGCGGCUAUCGGAACCUGGUAUGGUCUGACGACGAGCUCUGUCAUCCUGAGCAUGCUACCUUUGGUCAUCGGAGCAGUCUUAUUCAUUCAUAGUGCGCGGGCUGUCUCACCACUGGUGUCCGCAUGCCUGGUUCUUGUACUGUUCUGCUUCCUUAUCGGCACAAGCAUAUGGGCCAUUGUCAAGCGUGGUCAUCCAACUCGCAUGCACCCGCUUCAGACCAUGAUAUCUGACAUGCGGGUUGAGGCCGAUCGUUGGCUCGUCCAUGCAUCGACGAGCGAUUCACUGCGUGUCGCCGUUACAGAAUACCGCCAGAGACAUGAUGGCCGAGAGCCGCCGAAAGGCUUCGAUUUGUGGUAUGCAUAUGCGAUUGAGCAUAAAUCACCCAUCAUCGACUUUUUUGAUCAAAUCCACCGGGAUCUGCAACCAUUCUGGGGACUAGAGCCAUCCCAGAUCCGCAAAGGUGUCGAGAAGCUUGAGCAUGAGCGGGACAUAGUUGUUAUAAAAGUUAUCAAUGGUCAGGUCACUCAUGGCGCUGCUCGGAGCGAGCAUUUGGACGAGAUCAAUGGGCUAGUGGAAAUGAUGCAGUCAUUUUCAAAACACCUUCCAGACCUGCAAAUAGCAGUCAAUUUGGACAUAAAUCCACGUGUUCUGGCGCCUUGGGGAAAUAUUGACAAGCGGGUGUUGCCCGGAACGAGGGGACGCUUUUCCCGACGAGAUAACAUGCAAGAAGUUGAAUCACUUGGAGCAUCCGGGAAAGGCUCUUUGCAGCCCAACGCACCGGGGGAGACCUCGGAAGGUCAGGAUGUCAUGGCGUCGUCACCCUCAGGCCCAACUAUUAGUGCGGCCGAGUUUCGAAGGCUCAACAUGCAAGCUUGCCCUAGGAGGUCCCCUGUGCGUUCUAAACUGUACUGGAAUACCAGAGAUAUUUGUGUCUCUUGCUUCAACCAAGAGUCCUCGGGGGCUUUCUUGAAGGAUUGGACGCUAUCCUCUGAUCUUUGUCAUCAGCCAGAUAUAUUCAAACUCCACAGUCUCUUCAUUUCAGGUCCAGUCAGCGAUCCCCUCACCGACCUACAGCCAGUGUUCAGCAGAUCAAAACCAAGCACAUUCAGUGAUAUUCUGAUCCCUUGGCCGCGGACACCAGGCAAUCAAAACAAAGUCUUGGAUUCUGGCCUUGAUUUCCAGACCAAACGAGAUCAACCCUUCUGGCGUGGCAAGAUUGAGCAAAUCACAUUGCCAAAUCAGCGUCAUCAUGGUGGGCACCAACAGAGGCUUGUCCAUCUCGUCAAUAAUGCCUCCAUGUCGGAUGAGGUCAUUAUCGCCAUGGCCACGGAGUGGAAAGACUCCGAAGGCAAGAGAUUGUUCCAGUACGAGCCGGUAAAAACAUUGAAAAUGAAUCAGGUGCUUCUGCCAGACGUCAGGAUUGGCGAGUAUGCGUCAUGCAACGCUCCUGAGCGAAUUAAUACGAGAUCCUGCCGUUCGAUGAUAGAAGAGUUCGGCCCAGCAGUGGAGGCCGAUGCACCCAUUUUCGACAAUCGGUUUGUCCUCUUGACAGAUUCGGACACUACUGCAGCGUCAAAUACCGGGCCCGGCAGUGACUUUGUUAUGGAUGCACUCGAGUCGUCUAGUCUCCCCUUUAUAGGCACCAUAUUCCGCGAGUGGUAUUCUGAGCGACUGAGGCCGUGGCUGCACUUUGUACCGGUUGAUCUGCGCUACACCGCGCUACACAGUACUUGGGCGUACUUCAUGGGGCUGGAUGGCAGAGGCAAGAUCAAGGGCCGGGAUCCCGGGGUGGAGGCACACCUUGAUAAUGCUGUCUGGAUCGCCGACCAGGGCAAGAAGUGGGCGGAGAGAGCCAUGAGGCCGACAGACGCACAGAUUUAUCUUUUCAGGCUGCUUCUCGAAUGGGGCAGGAUCAUCAGUGACGAUAGAGACGGGAUGAACUACUUUCUAGAGAAUACGGCCUAG